UACCUAGGUAUUUUUUCACACCAUAGUUGCAUACAUAACAUUUAUACCAAGUUCGUAAGUUGUCAAUGCUCAUUCGUUUUCUCAAUUUUUACGUGUUCGCGGACCUAACGAUAAACUCGCAGUAAUGGUGCAAUACUUGUCGAUGGGUUGAAGUUUUUUGCCAUAUAUUUGGAUACGUUUGUACCGACGACGCCGAGAUACUAAGAAAAAAAUUCCGGAAUUACCUUAAAGAGGAUCUACUCAACACGAAAUAACCUGUGCUAACUGAUCCGUACACUUUACCUGUAAUAUGAAUCCAUUUAAGUUUUUCAACAGACGUCACUUGCUGCUAUAUUUCAUGUCGAUCGUCGAUCGUGUACUGCAGUCCUUAGCCCAAUCCGAUGCAACAAUUAUAACGCAAACGCAAACAUCAAUUUUAUGGUCUUUGGCGCCGUGUCAGUCCGCUUUCUGGGUACCCAACAUACCUACAGCUUUCAAUCAGAAUUGGAUAACGUACCAAUACGAAGGAAAUCCAUUAUCUAAAUUCGACGAAUGCGUUUUCACUUUGGAGAGCGAUCCGAAUACGAGAAUAGAAAUAGUAGUCGCAGAGGUACAUCUAUUCGGCAAAGAAGUCAACAGCAAUCCACCACCUUGCUUGGAACUGCACGACGUGAAAACAGACGGCAGUAUAACGCUAUUAAAAAAAGAAUGCGGUCGCGUAUUGGCCGGUAACGAAUUCGAAAUGUUUCCAACAUUCACGGAUACCAAUGUGGCCGUAAUCAGCACAACUAUUCAAUACGGUAGUUUUCAGCUACGAGCUAGAGCUGUGCCCAGAAAUUUUGGUUUCCCCAAAGUCAGUUCGACGCCGAUCAACAGGCCGGCCAUUGACACCUCGCCCACCCUUACUCCAGGAACCAACAUUAUACCUUCGCCCACCACCAGUCAACCGGCUGUCAUCGAUGCAUUGCCGUCCGUAGUCACCAUUCUACCUUUGCCAGCGAAUAGUUCUCUCACCGUCAAUAGCGGCGGCGGAGGCGGAUCAGGCGAGUCAAGUAAUUUUUUUGCAAGACCGUUAGGUUAAACGAGGACUUCAACCCUACAAAAUUAUGCAGCGAAAUACUCCUCAAACAUCGAAUUCGUCAAAAUAUUUUCACGUUGACCAAAGAUUGAUGUAAAUAAACUGUCAUGUCAUACAUAUACUCACAUGUACUUGCAAUUUGCCAACCAUUUGAAAAUAUUAAAAAUCUAGUAAAAUACAUGAGUAAAUGUAACGAACGGGGUUAUUUCUUUUCUCGAUCGAAAGGCAAACAAUCACAAUGCACCAGUUAUACGAAAAAUUGUAUAAUUCAUUUGAGCAAAAUAAACUUCUCUCCUCUUCUAACAAAAACGAAAUUACCAACGUA